GGGACCCGCGCUUGUGCCUCAUCAGCUCGUCUCUCUGGGAAGCCUCUCUCGCGUGCGCCACGGAGUUCCUCCAUUCGCCCUCCCUGCCGCCGAAGCUCUGUGGAGGAGGCAGCCAGGGGUACGAGUGGAGGAGCAGGAGGAGGGGGCUCUUCACUGAGAGGAUGCCACCCUGGUUGUGUCUCGCCGCAGCCUGGGCCCUCUGUACUCUCGGCGUGGAAACUGUACAAGACAGGCUGAUGUCGCAGAUAGAGGCAAAGCACUACUAUAACUGCGAGGGAGCUGGGCCUUACGUGGUCCAUCGCUCAGACUGCUCGCAGGUUCCUGGCGUAAAAAAAGCUCCGCAGACCUGGUCCAUCUACAAGGACCAGCAGGAGGUGAUCGCGAGUACCACCAACUCCACGUGCGUGAAGCCGUGCGUCGCAGUCUUCUCAAACUGCACGCUCAUCCUGUCACGUUGCCCAGCAGUGUUACUGCAGGUGGCGAACACAAGCUCUGUUUACAUCUCCGACACCGCCAUUGUGAACCCUCCGGAGGCCCUGGUCAGACCAGGGAAGUUCAUCACCCUCAAGUGCUUCAAUACAAACGGACGCAUUCCCAGCGGGUGGAGCUGGAAUGGAGUGGCCAUAGGCGGCUCGGCCAACGUCUCAUCGAUUCUCGUGCCGAUCAGGAGCCCAGCGGACGGAGGGCGGUUCAGCUGUGUGUUCCCGGAGUUUGAGAGCACCCCAGCCCUCAUCCUCACAGAGGCGUCGGGUUUUGAGCAAGUCUCGACUGCGUUCCUCGUGUCUGCCCUGCUGGUGGUGGCCAUCGUGGUGAUAUUCAUUGCACGGAGAGACGUAAACUCGAGUAGCCUGCUGUGACGUGACCUCCUCCUCAGCUGAACACGGACAUGAGGAUUGCCACUCCAAGCCAGUAGCAUUAAACGGCUUGUCUUGCUGAACUCCAAGGAGAUUAAAGCAGACCCAGUCUGUGCACACGAGGUAGAUGGCAGCAUACGCAGCACAUUCACCAACAACACUUUGGCGUUAAAGGGAAACAAAUCUUUAAAAUAGGCAAUGACAACUUCACAUUUUUAAUAUUUCAUGUUUUACCGAGAUGGAACAUCUAAUUGGCCAGGGUGUCCAGGGUGUAGAGAGACGCAUACACAGUUUGUGCUCGUUUCUUCCAUCUCGUCUGUCCGAUGUUGUUCUCUCUUUAACCUGAAUAUAACAUGAGCAUCUAAUUUGCAUAUCAGUUGCUCAAUUGUAAGUAAUUGAUUAUUACAGUCACCAAUCGACCCCUUGUCCUCAGCGUAAGCGUCUUUGUAAAAUCGAGGAGGCAUUGACGCGUGCCUGGGGAAUUACGCUUUUCCAGAAAACGUGAUUUUUCACUGUUGGGAUGUGGUUUGUACCACGUUGCCAAGGCUGCCACUCCAACAAAGUUCCGAAUUAACCUCUAAUGGACAGAUUACACGUAUUCUUCAAGUAAGUCAUACGUAAAGUUACGAGUUUGCCAGUCGUACCGCCAUGAGGCACCGGAGAAGUUUAGUGGUUUGAAGUUUGCACUUUGGGUGAGAAGCAGGAGACUUGGUACAAUUAUAUUUCCAGCCAUGCUGAAAAUUUCUAGAUUUGGAACUCUCAUCAGCACAUUAAUGAUAUGUGCUAGAAAGAAGGAAAGGCCAUUCAAAUGCGUUGAGUUGUUUAUUAUUUGUGCUUGACCACCGCUGCAAACGCAGCAGCAUCACCAAUGUAAUGUGUUAAAUCGAUAGACAUCGGAGUGUCGCCGUUGUAGCGACAAACCAGUUAUUGUUUUAUAUUUUUAUUAUUUUAUUGUUUCCCUUCUACGUGACUUUACCGAAAGAGCCAAGAAUAUGAAUCCCUGCAGUCACGAAAGCUGUAAGCCAAAAUUUAACCAGUUAAAAUGUUUACUCAGCUGCAGUUGCACGGUACGUCCGCCAGAGGGCGCCACCGCUAACUCAAUGGGAGGAUGUAGCAACAUCGAAUUGUGAAACUAAACUCGUUGGCAAUGGGCCGAGAGUGCUGCUCUCCGUUUCGGGGUGUAUGCGCCGAUCACGACCUGUGACACGGACAUCCGCAGGGCGUGGCAACGCCCCGCCCUUGAAUUCCUCACGCGCCGCCUCAUCACGGGAAUAUCACAGCGCGUCAAUCACUCGGGGUAUCUCUUAAUUCAGAAUUCACGAGUUUUCCUCUUGUUAGAGAUUUGUGAACUUUAUUUUAUUUUUUCAUACAUAUCAAAUGUAAUUAUUUGAACCCCAUUCGAGACCAUAAUUUUUGCGAAGUUAAUUGUCAAACAGUAAUGGUGACAAUGUCCUUUGUUUAUCCAUGAAAGCCUCACCGAGUCUCAAGGCUGUCUGUCAGGGCGGUGGUUGUUGAGAGAGCAAUGAUCAGCUCCAUUAGAGGCCCUUAGCAAAACAUAUUCUUGGUUGUGCCACGUGGCAAAAAAACCAUAGGCGUGGCAAAAAAAAACAUAGGCGUGCCAAGCUGCAUAACUUUAAUAUUUGUGAAAUAUUGAAGGUAAUUGGCUCAUUACAAUGAAAUGCAUAUUAGCAGUACUGUGUCGGUAUGAAUUCGCUUAUUAAUAUAUGGAAUUGAGUUCGAGCUGAUAUAUGGUGGAUCCUUAAUUUGUUCGUGAAUCUAUGACACCUCGAGCUGCUUGGAGCUCUAAACAAUUGCUCGGUUUGUUUGUGCUGAGCGCCGCCACAGGCCCAGCCAGUUCUGUGACGAGGCGUUUGUGGCCGCUGGUACCGUGCAACUGCAAGACACCGCACUCUCUUCUGCUCCGAUUUAUAUUGUCUUCGUUACUGGUCCUGUGUUUUAUGUUUCUGAUUUUAUGGCUUUAAUGACCCAGGUCACUCUUGCGAUUUAGACUCAGAUUGGCCUCUGUUGAGAUCGCACCCUGGUGAAAACAAAAUCUUGCAAGGAGCUCAAGCAAUGAACCGACUCCCAUUCUCCAGUUACGGCAUGGCUUAAGCAUUAAGGCCAGGGCCACGGGAUGAACCUUGCCAGCAUGGACUCGGUGCCCUGGGGGGGUAUUCCGAUGCAGGGUGCGGCCGUAUAGCACAGGUCCUGGACGCUUCUCUCAGCGCCGCGUUCGUGUCAGCAAUCGGUGGUCAUUGCUGGGUCACACAGGGCUUGGGAGGAAUCAGGCGAUGCUGAUUUAAUGUUUUUCCUGGUGUUUUCCCCACUCGUGGGGGUCUGCCUUCUUGGUCCUCUCAUUCCAGUCAUUCGCCGAUGUCCCCUACAGAUGUAUCGUGCCUCGUGUCUGCAUUGCGCACAUCCACUGGGGUGCAAGACUUAAUUUCAAGACUAGUUCAUGAUUCGCCAGGCAAAAGUUUUAAAUAUAUAAUAAUGAACCUGAUGUGAUUUUUUUUUUAUCUACGAUCAGACACGGACAUCUAUUCCAAAAAUUCGCAUUUUUCCGCAAAACAAAAAUUGUUUACUUGAUUCAUCUUCUUAUAUUUAAAGACGUACUCAUCAGAAACCACUCAAUGGAAAGAUUCCGUUCCUUUUCAUUAGGAAGAACAAAAAUUGAUUAACUUAAUACUCUAUGAGGGGAAGCUCCUAUCUUUCACCGUUUUCGAAUUAUUCAUAUUUGAACACCAUAAAAUGCGUAAUUUUUUCGUUCAAACCCGCUUGAAUCCGAAAUAUCUCCGGAACAAUAAAAGAUAGAUAAAUGGUUCUCGCUUAAAUUUUAUUUGCUGUUUAACACUCUAUGAAACGAAAAAACCACAAUCUCAUAUUUUGAACGGUUUCUGAAUGACACGGACAAUCAUGUUCAUGGGCCACUUAAAAUCGAGAUGUCGGAUUUUCAUAUUUUUCCUGUUUGUGUCCUAAAAGCUACCUAUGUACCAAUGUUCAGCUUUCGACCUUAUCGAGAAGUACCCGAGAGGUUUUUGACACAUACACAUUAAGGUCUUUAUUUAUAUAGAUAUCCAUAAAUGUGUGUUACUCUUUGGUUCUUUCGGUAAAGUAACGUAGAAAGAGAAAGUAAUAAAUUAAAUAACAGCAUACGACGUUUCGAUUGCAACACAAGCCAUCAUCAUCAGGUACAAAUGAAAGAGAAAA